UUUGCAGCUGCAGGUUUCGGCUGUGCCGCCUUGCAACCCGAUUUUGCGCUUGCAUUUGCAGGUUUCGGCGAGGUUUUAUGCUGCUUGGCCCGAGCCGCUUUAUUGAAUCGGUUGCCGAUCGCUUUGCCCCAGAGCGGGGCAGAUCUGAGGAAUCAGGAGCCCCUGGUCCCCGGCGUGUAUCUGGACUUUGUUUCCUUUCCGCGCUCGUUCCUCUCCGAAGAAGCUGGGCUUCAGUCGUCACUGAAUUCUGGAACUUUUGAGUGCCACAUGUGGUUGUUAAAGAAGUGAAUCUCGAGGAAGGAAAGAUGAGUAAAAGCAAAGAUGAUGCACCCCACGAACUAGAGAGCCAGUUUAUCUUACGUCUACCUCCGGAAUAUGCUUCAACAGUAAGGCGGGCUGUGCAGUCUGGACACGUCAACCUGAAGGACAGGCUGACAAUUGAGUUACACCCUGAUGGACGUCAUGGAAUUGUAAGAGUGGACCGUGUUCCAUUGGCCUCAAAAUUGGUAGAUCUGCCCUGUAUUAUGGAAAGCUUGAAAACCAUUGAUAAAAAAACCUUUUACAAGACUGCUGAUAUCUGCCAGAUGCUUGUAUCCACAGUGGAUGGUGAUCUGUAUCCUCCUGUUGAGGAACCAGUUGCUACUACUGAUCCCAAAGCAAGCAAGAAAAAGGAUAAGGACAAAGAAAAAAAGUUCAUAUGGAAUCAUGGAAUUACUCUGCCUCUAAAAAAUGUCAGGAAAAGAAGAUUCCGAAAGACAGCAAAGAAGAAAUAUAUUGAAUCACCAGACGUAGAGAAAGAAGUUAAGCGAUUGCUUAGUACAGAUGCUGAAGCUGUCAGUACUCGUUGGGAAAUAAUUGCUGAAGAUGAAACAAAAGAAACAGAAAAUCAAGGCCUUGAUAUCUCUUCUCCAGGAAUGUCUGGCCACAGACAGGGCCAUGAUUCAUUAGAACACGAUGAGCUGAGGGAGAUUUUCAAUGACCUCAGUAGCAGCAGUGAAGAUGAAGAUGAGACACAACAUCAAGAUGAAGAAGAUAUAAACAUUAUUGACACUGAGGAAGAUUUAGAAAGACAGCUUCAGGACAAGCUAAAUGAAUCAGAUGAACAGCAUCAUGAAAAUGAGGGAACUAAUCAGCUGGUUAUGGGAAUUCAGAAACAGAUUGAUAACAUGAAAGAUAAGCUCCAAGAGACUCAAGACAGAGCAAAACGACAGGAGGAUCUCAUCAUGAAAGUGGAAAACCUGGCUCUCAAGAACAGGUUUCAAGCUGUGCUGGAUGAACUCAAACAAAAGGAAGACCGAGAGAAGGAGCAGCUCAGCUCUUUGCAAGAAGAAUUAGAGUCACUUCUAGAAAAGUGAGAAGAGGCAGACUGGACACACUAAAGAAAAAUCAUGACUUUAUUAGCUGAACUAACUUUAACAUUUCUUCCACUGCCUUUUACUGCAUUUGUCUUAGUGAAGUUUCAGUUAUUACUGAAAACUUUUAGUUAGGAUUUCAUAAUGGGACUGGUUAUUACUUUAUAGUAGUACCUGUUUCUUCUGCUGUCUUAUAUGGACUUUGGCUUAGUGACAAUUUUUUUUAUCUGAUUUGUUUUACAGAAUCAUUGUGUGAAAUUUUUAUCAUGUAAGAAAAAGCAAUUUAUAGGGAGAUAAACAGUUACAGGAUAGUUAGAUGAUAAGGAGAAUGAAUAGUUCAAUUUUUAUAAUCAUAGCUUUACUGCAGAAUUAAGCUGUUAGUGCUCUGUUGUGCCAAAUGGUUUAGAAAGAGACUGUUUCUGAGGUAAUGAAGCUAAUUUAUAUAUGUAUUUCUUUGCAGUGGAUACUUUUUCAGUGAUUCAAAACAGUUUUACAUAUGUAAAUACUUUAUUUCAUAAAUAUUUUUGAAAUAACAAAAGCAAAGUAAAUAAAAAACUUUUUUUU